GCGGGCCGGGAGCGCGUGUGCAGCCGCCAGCGCGGCGAGCGGAGGGGCCGGCGGAGGACGCGCCAAGAAAUCCUCGUUGCUCAGGAAGUGGUGCGGCGACCCCGCUGAGGGCCCCGACUCCCCAGGCUCCACUCAGGACCAUGAGAGCAGGCUUCCCUGGGGCCCCCCAAGGGGUGAGGAUGGCUGCCCGGCCCACGCCCCGCCGCCCCCCUCGGACCUCUGCCUCCUCCUAGCACCCAGGACGGAGGGGCCAUGCCUGGGGAGCAGCCCCGAGGAGCGCCACCCCCAACCAUGACGGGAGACCUGCAGCCCUGCCAAGUCGCCAGAGGCCUGGGGCGCCCCUCCCAGCCCCCCCACGAGGACCACGCCCCAGCCAACAGGGCCACCAAGGGCACGAGAGAGGCUGGCAGCGGGGCCCAAGCAGUGGAGUCCCCUGAAGCCCAGCCAAGGCAGACCAGGGAGGGGAAGCCUACGGCCUCACUCCUGAGAACCCAGGCCCUGAUCAGCCCCCCUGGGAAGGAGGGCAGCCCCCGGGCCCCGCCAGGGAGAAGCCAGGCACAGGGUCACACGCGGCUGGCAGGCAGGGCCGACAGCAGCGCCCAGCAGCUCUACGGUCUGAGUAUUGCCAGCUCAAGGGCCAAGCCCACCCCAGACGAGACCCCUGAGAGCCCGCAGCUCAAGGCCCCCGAGGCCCCAGAGGCAGAAGCCCCCCAGGGCCACGGGACUGGAGCUCACCUCAGGCCCAGCCUCCCACAGGUCGGGGCCCCUCCUACCCCUGAAGAGCUCAGUUUCCAAAGGUGCUUCCAGGAGACCCCCUCCAGCUUUACCUCUACCAACUAUACCUCACCAAAUGCCACCCCUGGGCCCCCACCCCUGAGGGCCCCCCAGAGCAGCGGGGCCAGCCCCUGCAGGCCAGCCUCCUAUCCAGAAUUCCAGGCCGACAGGACCAACUCCUGGCCUCCCGCUACUGAGAACAGCUUCCCAGGUGCUAAUUUCGGGGUCCCCCCCACUAAGCCAGAGCCCUUUCCUGAAGGCAGCAGACCCAGCAGCCCUGGUGUGGUCUCUUUCCAGUACCCCUUCCCGGCUCUGCCCAGGGCCGGCCCAAAGUCCUUCCCUGCAGACACGGCUGGACAGGAGUACGGCAACGGGGCGCUGGCGUUUGCCUUCCACCGGCCCCCAGGAGCGUGGCCGGAGGGCACCGUGGGUGCCAGCCCAGCCUACUCACUGCCCACCCGGCCCACUCACUGCUACCCAGGCCAGCCGGGCAGCCUCAACUCCCCCAGCGACCUCACCAGUGCCCUCUCUCCACCUGGUGCUGCUCACCCGGCCCCGAGCCCCUUCCCGGAUGGUUUGCACAAGAGCCUGACCAACACCCUUCCUGAAAGACCACCUUCAGCCCCUGAUAGGCUGGGGAGCCCAAACUCCCUACCCCAGAGGCACUUUGCAGGGCAGGUGUACAGAACCAGUGGGGUGGGCACCAGCCCAGGGCCUCUGGACACCGAGCUGGCCCCCCCAGGGCCCCCACCCACCAGACUGCCCCUGCUGUGGGACCCCACAGCAGCCCCUUACCCCAUACCUCCCCUGGGCCCUCCAGCGGCUGCCGCCAGGGCCACGUUCUUUGGUGACCAGACCAGCCCCAGCCAAAGGCUCUGCCUCCCGCCAAGUCCCCCCCUGCCUUGGCCCCAUGUGAUCCCACCCACCACACCAAGCCCCCAUCAAGUGGAAAUGCUGAGCCGGCUGCCUUUCCCCGUGGGAGUCCCUGAGUGGCCUGGAGGCAGCCAGGGAGCCCCGAGUGCUGCUGCCGGCAAGACACUCGCGCCUGGGGAGAAGCUGGCGGUCAUGAGAAGCAGCCCCAGCCAGCCGGGCAGCUCUCCUGGUCUGUUCUCCUACAACGGACUGAAGGACCCUGGAACCCAGCCCCUGUUCUUUGGGGUGGCCCAGCCCCAGGUUUCGCCCCGCGGGACCCCCAGCCUGCCCCCACCCAGGGCAAUGGGAGCAUCCCCCAGCGAGUCUCCACUGCCGUCACCCGCCACCAACACCGCGGGCAGCAGCACCUGCUCAUCCCUCUCGCCGCUGUCCAGCAGCCCAGCCAACCCCAGCUCCGAGGAGAGCCAGCUCCCCGGCCCACUCGGGCCUUCAGCCUUCUUCCACCCCCCGACUCAUCCCCAGGAGACCGGCAGCCCUUUCCCAUCCCCCGAACCCCCACACGCCCUCCCCACCCACUACCAGCCAGAGCCGGCCAAGGCCUUCCCUUUCCCUGCAGACAGGCUGGCGGCCGAGGGUGCCUUCAAGUGCCUGGAGGAGGCCCCGUUCCCCGGAGAGGGCCCAGAGGCGGGCAGGGGGCGGCUGUCGGGCUUCCCCCAGGAGCCUCCCCCAUACUCGGACCAGCACUUCUCCCUGAGCAGUGCCAGCCUGGACCAGCUGGACGUGCUGCUCACCUGCAAGCAGUGCGACCGCACCUACAGCAGCCUGGCGGCCUUCCUGGCACACCGGCAGUUCUGCAGCCUGCUCCUGGCCAGGGCCAAGGAUGGCCCCCCACAGCCCCCCAACCCCCCAGGGCUCCCUGCACCCACCACCACCCCCAUGGCACCCACUAACGUGCACCCAGGCAUGCUCAACCACACCAAGCCUGUCCCCUUCCUGUUAGCCGGGGACGUCCAGGCAGAGGGCAAAGACGACCCCCUGAGGACAAGUUUCCUGCCCGGCCUGGCUGCCACCCCCUUCCCGCUCCCUGCCUCAGACCUGGACAUGGAGGACGACGCCAAGCUGGACAGCCUCAUCACCGAGGCGCUCAACGGCAUGGAGUACCAGUCAGACAACCCGGAGAUCGACAGCAGCUUCAUUGACGUCUUCGCCGAUGAGGAGCCCUCCGGCCCCAGAGGCCCCAGCGCUGGGCAGCCCCUCAAGACCAGGGUGGGGGUGACUCCAGAAGACAAAGCCCAGCUCCCACCCCCAGCCGUGGCUGCCACACCAGAGCCCCAAGCCCCCUGCCCUGGGGACAGGGGCUACCCAGCCCAAAGCAGACCCAAAACCCGCUCCCUGGGUCUGGCACCAGCGGAGGCAGAUCCAACUAGCCUGGUCAGGCGGCAGAGGCGUGGGAAGCAGUUUAAAUUGUUCCGGAAAGAGCUGGACACAGCCAGUCCUGCCAAGGGGCCCAGCAGGGGCACCAGAGCUGCCUGCCUGAGGCCACGGAGGAAGGGCACCCGGGCACAGCGGCCCCCGCCCCGCCCCCGGGACCUCAGAGCUCAGGCUCCCAAGAGCCAAGCGGACCCUGAGAACCGGGCCCUGAGAGCCACCCCCCUCGCCAAGGAGACCAAGAGCUCCAGGCGCCCCCGACUGCCCCCCAGGAAGGACGGCAGGAAGAGGAGGGCUCAGGGUGGCACCUGGAGCAAAGAGCUCAUCCACAAAAUCGUGCAGCAGAAGAACCAGCUGUACAAACGGCAGGUGCAGCCUGGCCUCGGCCCACAUGGCUCCCUGGCAGCCGAAAGGCCCCUGCCCAGCGCCAAGGACACCAGAUUCCAGGAGUACGACUAUGCCUCUGAGUCCGAGGAGGACGAGCGUCCGCGGCAGCGGGGCCCUGGCUUCAGAGGCCGGCCCCGCCAUGGGUGCCGGCGGUGGUGCCGCAGCGAGAAGAGGAAGGAAGCAGACUUGACCCGGGGUCCCCGAGUGGAUGAGGGACAGCAGAAACCCAGGACAGUAGUGAGGCAGCAAACCAGGGAGCCACACAGGCCUGGCCCAGACCCCAGCAAGAGUCCGGAGGCCCACAGCCCUUCGCGAAGACCAGAGGCUAGAGUGACCCCCACGGAAAGAGUCCCCACACCUGCCAAUCACCCCACAGAGGCAUCCCAGCAUCCCCCAGAGGCUCCCACCAACACCAAGACCCCUGAGGAAAACCACCCGUUGCUGGACAUCCCCCAAGAGACCAAGAAGCCUGAAAUUGCUGAAGAGUCACCCCCCAACACCACAAAACUCAGACAGGGUUUGAGUCUUUCUCCAGCCCUGAGUGUGACAGAAAGCCCCAGGUUCCCAACUUCAGAGCAGCCACGGCCUGGCACAGAGGACUCUGGCAGACCCACAGUGCUCCCGGUGUCCUGCGACAGAGAGGAUCUCCCUGCCUCCCAGCCAGGAGAACUCCUGGCACCCGCUGCUCACAGCACCGAUGCUGCCUACCCUGAACCCAGCCUCCUGUUUCUGAAGAACUCUGAUCUCAGCUGUGACCCUGCAUGUUUUAGUGGAGACUCUGUGCAGGUUCCUCUUGACGAAAAAGGGUCCCAGUCCUAUAGCAGCUCCCCCAGCGAAUUGUUCCUUGGACCCAAAGUCCUGGCUGGCUGUUUCCCUGAGGACUUGCACUCCAAAUCCUCAGCCGUGGACACACUGCCAGCCAGCAGCUCCUACGUUUGCCAGGAUGGUGUGGAUGCCAGUGCCCUUGAGCCAAAACCACCUAAGAAUCCACCUUACCCAGCUGAAGCAGACCCAGGCAAAGCCGAAUCACCACUGACCUUGGAGUCCACGUCCCUCUUUUCAGGGCUGCCCGCGGACGGAUUCGAUCCGCCUCUCUACGACAGCCUGUCUGCUAACAGGGACACCCACGUGCCCUUGGCAUGUGCCAACCUUCCCCCGAAGAAACCCCCAUCAGAGCCACCGUACCCCUCGUUUCUGCUGCUGGAGGAAGCAUCCUCCAUGCUGCCCAGCCACUUUCCUGACCUCGCAGGGGGAAAGGCAUUCCGUGAGAAGGGUCCCCGCGAAGGGACAGCAGUCCCCAGCCCUCCCCCUGGCCCUGGAAAGGGAAGUGAAUGUAACGUCCCUUUUGUGAGCAAUCUGUCCGAGGACGAAUUAGAGAUCAAAAGGUUGGUCACUGAAUUAGAAAGUCAACUGCAAAGCAGCCAUAGCAGCCAUGGGGCCCCACGAGAGCCUGGAGGGACUGAGAGCGUGGGCAGGGUGCACAUGGGCACAGAACCAUCUUCCCCGCUGCCCGCCCCCCGGGCCACCCCUCCCCACGAGCAUGCGUUCUCAGCAGUCAACCUUACGGGUCUGGGGGAAUCAAGUCCACAUCAGGAAGGUGCAGGAGCAGCUAUGGCCACCACGGAAGGGACUCUGGGGAGCCCCCCUGGAGAGUGGCCCUGCCCAGCCUCACUCCACCCAGGAGAAGCAGCCCUGCCCCCCAGCACCCACGAAGACCUGGCUUCUGGGGCUCCUUUCAGCCACUUGGGGACCAGCCUCAGAGUCUCCAAGGCAGGAAGAGACUCUAGGGUCCCCCUAGGUGUCUGUUUCCCUGACCCUGGGAAGCCACCAGAGCCCCUGCGGGAUGCUGGGAGUUCAGCAAAGUGCAGCCCAAACUGUGAGCUUCUACUUCCUAGAAGUAAAGAGACUGCCGGAGCACAAGGAAGCCAGGACAGCCCGCUGUGGCCACCGCCCUAUGAACAGAGAGGAGGGCUUUCCCCAGAACCCCGCAAGGCAGAUGGGCCCUGCCAAGACUCCCCUGCACUGGAAGCCUUCGGCAACCCUGUGGGCCCCCUGGCACCUGGCUUGGUGCUUCAGGGUGAUGUGCCUCUGCCUCCGGCUGCCACACCACCUCCUGGUUUCAGCAACAGUGGUGCUGCCCAGGGAUGCUCUGUAGGUAGAGCAGGUGGGCCCAGGGGAGCUAGGCUCCCCCACCACAUGGUAGAGGGGCCUGGCUUUGAGUGUAAAGGGUUUUCACCAGGAGGAGCCUCCCCACUGACCGCCCUCCAGGGUGGGGAGGCAAGGUUUGUCCCCAUGCUGAGUCCUGCCUGCGUGCCCGACGCUGGCCCUGGCAGGAGGCUCCAGGACCCAGCCUCGAGCCCCUUAGAUCAACCCCAGCUCCUGGGGGCCAGAGCAACUGAGAGCAAAGAAGACACCCAAGACUUGCAGGGGCCACCACCUGCCAACACCCAAGGCCUGCAGCAAGGAGACCUCUCAGACCCAGAAAAGGAGAGUGUAGAUGGUGGGAAGGUGGCUGGCAGCCCUGGCCGGGGCUCCCAGGGAAGUACACAGGUGACAGCUGUCCCUGCAGUGGCCGGACGUCAGUUGGGGCCUGAGACAGAUGGACACAUGGGCUCGCCUGGCCAAACCGAGAAGCCCAAGGAUUACAGCAAAGCCAGUGGGCUCCGGCCAGAUACCUGGGGGAGCCCAGGGGGGCAAGACAACUUCACCUCAGUCAGCGCUGAUCCUGAGACUGCAGGGGCCAGGCCCGCUGAGGGUGAGCAUGAACUGGGGGAAGGCAGGGAGGCCCGGGGCCUUCAGAAUGAGGCACGGCCCACCCCAAACCCCACCUCCCCUGAUGGAGAAUCCUCGGAGCCAGCCUUGACAGCAGCCUCCUCCCAAAAUGGGCCCAAGGACCAGAGUCCACAGAAGGCGUCCAGCACAGGCCAUAACAUGCAGCUGCUGCUUGCUGGGGACCUGGCUGCCUGUGCCCCCUUACCCUCCUCUUCAGCCACCCCCAUUUUCUGCAGCCUCGAGCACUUGCCCCAGGAAGACCCUCCCAUCCCACCUUCCGGUGCCAGGGAUGCCAAAGGUGAGCGGAGGGGGCAACUGCCAGCUUCUCCAUCCUGCAAUGAUGCCUCCAGCCCCCAGCAUCUGCCAGUCUGCUCCCCUGCCUGGGAACCUCUGGAGGAGGCCAACUGUGUCCAAGCCCCCCCAGAUGCUGUGGUUUGGGGGCCUUCAGUGGCUGUCCUGGCUUGCCACCCUCUCCUGGGGGACAGCAGCCUGCUGGGAGAUCCUCCUGCAUGCCAGCCUCGCUUCGUCAAUGUCUUAACCUCCAUCUGUUGGGGGGAUGGCCCUAAAGAGAGCACGUUAAGAACUACAGAAGAUUCCAGAAAAGAGAGACCGAGGGGGUCUCCUGCCUGUGCUGCCCCUCCUCCCUCAGUGAGGGCCGUCUCCCCACAAGUGGCCGUCAAGACUGCUGGCCCAUCCAGCAUUCCUGCCAAAGAUGAGACAGAGGCGGUCAGAGGGUCUCGGGUACCAGACACCCCCUGCAGGGGAGCCCCACCCCACUCUAGCCCAGGCAGGAUGCCCAAGGGCCCCUCUUCAGACCCCCCAAGCAAAACUGCCAACCUUGACCACAGGGAAGGCCAGAAGGUCACAACAGUGCCCACUGACCCUACCACACUGGGGACAGCAGGGCCAGAGUCCCAUGCCUGCCUGGAAAGUGAGGCAGAGGCUGGCUGCAAAGGACUGGAGGACCCAGGGACACCUGAGGCCGGGCACUCUGGUAUCACAAAGGUGACCAGAGGUGGUUCCACAGGCUCAAUAGUCCCCUGCCCUUCUGCAGAGCUCCACUUGAGCAGAGCCACCUCUCCAAGCAGCACAGCAAGAGACUUCAGGUGCAACUCCCCCCAAAGCCACAAAAAUGUCCCCCAACAGACACCCAAGGGGGACCCCAUCAGUCCCCAAGAUCUCAAACAGAGGCCCUGUGGCUUUAAAAAGAAGCCUGUGUCCAUGGAGAAUGGCCACUGGAAGGGUCGUGCUCCGGGAGGGCCUCCUGUCACCUGUGAGGUCUGUGCAGCCUCCUUCCGCUCUGGGCCAGGACUCAGCCGGCACAAAGCCAGAAAGCAUCAACCGCACAGAAGGGCCACCUCCAAGCCGAGCCCACCAGUCCAGCCCCCAGAACCCACAGUCCAAACGUGCCAGCCCCCAGGGAAGAAAAGCCACAAGGGGCCUGGGAAGGAGAGACCCAGGCUAGCAGGCCCCAGCCGUGCCACUGGGCCCCCUCCCAUCCAGGGCUCUGCAGCUCCUGGAGACACCCUGGGUCCUGAGCCUUCAAAGGAGGGUCAGCAGGCGCUUGGCAUUCUCGGGACCCCAGACUCUCCACCCAACCAGCAACUGCAUCCCCCAGGCCUGAUGCAGCAAGGGGUAUGUGUGAAGCCCACAGGCUUAGAGCCCAGGAGACCAGACCAGGCAGAAGAGGAUACUCUCCAUCCCAAACAGGCAGAGAACAGAGAAGGUCAAAGGCAGAGCAGAGUGCCCACGACCUCCCCCAGCAACAGGAAAUCAAACAAGAAAGUGGCAAAGCUGGGAGUGAGAAGGUUCCGGGAACAGAGCACUCCCCAGGCCUCUCCUGAUGUGAUUUCAGACAGGCGCUGCUCAAAUCCAUCAACUGCAAUUGCCAAUUAUACGGCCCCUCCGAGCUGCUGCCUCCCAGCAGCGGGGGAGCGUGAGGCCAAUGUGGGGCAGCCCCCUGGCUCAGCCAUGCCGGGGCCCAGGGUGGUGGAGGAUGCCAUGGAGAUGUCGCCCAGAGGCUGGAUGAUCCGUCCAGGGAGGAUGGAGGGAGCAUCUCCUGGGGACAGGGCAUCAGGCAUUUGCAAAGAGCCAUCGCAGGCAGCCGGGAGCAAGCCCACAGAGGACAGCAGAGGAGCUGAGAGUGGGUCAGGGGAAGGCAUUUGGGAGGGGCACGAGCCCCGCUCGGGCCCCCCGGAUCCUCCUGAAACUCCCAGUUCUGAAGCAGGCAGCUGCCUCCAGGGGCCUGAAGGCACUGCUCCUGAAUCCCCCAGCCCGGGUUCCAGGGACCCUCUGGGCUUGUUUGAUGAUGAGACCUCCUUUUCCCAGCUCUUCCCUCUGAGCGGCCGCCUGACUCAGAAGAAGAACCUCCGCGUCUACGGGAAGCGCUGUCAAGAGCCAAAGCGACCGCCCCCCCAGCCAAGCAGGGGGGUUGGGGGUGGCCCCCCGCUGUGCCCCACCCGCCUGCCCACAGACCUCAGUGACUCUGGCUCCCUCUGCCUCUCCCACGAGGACCUGUGGGACGACGAGGCCACGGGACUGCCAGAGUCCUUCCUCCUGGAUGGGUUUCUCAACAGCAAGGUGCCGGGCAUUGACCCCUGGGCCCCCAGCCUGUGCCUGUGGACCCUGGAGCCCAACAGGGAAGCCGAUGGAACCGAGGAGGCAGUCUCCUGCUGCUCCGAGGACGAUCGGUCAGAGACCAUCCCUGAACUGCACAUGGUCCCGGCAGCUUGGCGAGGUCUGGAGCUGCGGGCACCUGCUGAUGAGACAUCCUCUUCUCUUGGAGACAUGAGCCCAGAGCCCCCCAACCUGGAGAGAGAACGGUAUGAUGGUGGGCUCUCUGGGAAUGCGGGUCUGCUGCCGCUUCAUGCUGUGGACUUUGAGCUGCUCAGCACCAAGUUUGAGGUGCAAGACUUGUGCUUUCUGGGACGCUGUGACGACCUCGUGGAUCUCUCCAGCAAGAGCUUCUCAGACUUCAAGGCCACGAUGAAUGCACAGGAGCCACAAAACAAAAGGACAGAGGAGGCAGCCAAGGCAAGAAGGGCCCAGGGCAGAGACCGGCCUGCUAAAGGCAGGCAGGCCCCCUAUAAGUGCAAGGUAUGUUUCCAGCGUUUCCACGGCCUGGGCGAGCUGGACCUGCACAAGCUGGCCCACAGCGCCUCGCCACCGCCCACCUGCCACCUGUGCGUGGAGCGCAGGUUCGGCUCGCGCGAGCUGCUCCGGGAGCACCUGCAGGAGAAGCACCUGCCAGGCAAGGCGGGGCCGUGGGCCUGCGGCAUGUGCCUGAAGGAGGUUGCCGACAUCUGGAUGUACAAUGAGCACCUGCGAGAGCACGCUGUCCAGUUUGCCCGCAAGGGGCAGGCACGGAGAUCCCUGGGGGACCUGCCCGGGGGCUUGGAGGGGGACAGCUCCGUCACGCACUUCCUCAACAGCAUAGUGGAGCAAGCCUCCAAACCCCACAGGGCCAAGCACUCAAGAGGCAGGGCCGGAGGGAGCCCCGAAGAGACACGGAAGCAAGAUAGGGGUUCCGGGAGAGAGACUGCCAGGGAGAGAGCCAAGCCCAGGGCGUGGGCCGAGUCCUCAAACCAGGAUGGCUCCUGGACGCCAGACAGCAUCCUGGCCGACUGCAGCAGCCUGUCCCCCUGCGAGAACCCCACUCCAACCAGUGGCUCUGCCACCCUCCCGGGCUCCACCAAGACAUCCCCCAGCCUGUCCCCAGACCGCUGGUGUAGCAGCGAGCCCGUCCUCCAAGCCAUCCCGGUGCAUGAGGACUGCAAGGACCCCUCCCGCGACUGCCACCAUUGCGGGAAGCAGUUCCCCAAGCCCUUCAAGCUGCAGCGCCACCUGUCGGUGCACAGCCCGCAGCGCGUCUACCUGUGCCCCCACUGCCCCGGGGUCUACCCGGAGCCCCACGAGCUGCGCGCACACCUGAGCAGAGUGCACCGGGUGCAGGAGGAGCGGGAGCUGCCGCACACCCCGCUGUACACCUGCGAGCUCUGCGCCAACGUCAUGCGUGUCAUCAGGAGGUCCUUCAUAUGCAGCACCUGCAACUACACCUUCGCCAAGAAGGAGCAAUUCGACCGGCACAUGGACAAACACCUGAGGAGGGGGCAGCAGCCCUUCCCCUUCCGUGGCGUGCGCAGGCCCGGAGCCCCCCGGCAGAAGGCCCCGGCCCUUGAGGGCGUGCUGCCCCGCAAACGGCGCAGGGUGGCCAUGCCCAGCAGCCCCGCCCUGGGCCAGGGGUCCCUCCCAGCCCUGCUCCAGCUCUGCCUGGAGGUGGCUCCCAGCACCUCCCAGGGAUGGCCUGAGACCCAGGAGAAGCCCGUGGAGCCAGUGGACCACCCAGCCAGGGAGGCCAAUCCACCGGCUGACCACCAGGAGCUCCCUCCACUGUCUCUGUCUUCUUUCCCAGCUGCUUUGGCUGAUGGCGAAGGCGGCCACCAGCCAGAUGGAGCCUUGGAGAGGCCUGAAGUCACAGCCUCCCCAGGCAGCCCUGAGCCUCUUCUCCAACAAGCUCUCCCUUCGCGGGCGUCCCUGGCCCAGUCAGGCACCAGGGGCCAAGAUGCAGAGGGAAAGAGGGCUCCUCACCUGUUCUCAGGGAAACACAGGACCCCAAGCGCCCAUGGCAAAUGUGCGCCUGACCAUUCCCCGGAAGGCUCCUCCCUGCUCGUGUCCACAUGUCACGUGCUGUCUGAGGGAGGCACAAGGGGCCCCUCCCACAAGGGCCAUGCCACCAAGCCCGGGGGCUGCCGGAGUUCAUGGAAGGACAGGUCAGCUGAAUCCACCCCCAACAAAGUGCCCAAGUUCCCAGUGCACCCGAGGAAGUCUGUGGGGAGCCCGGCACCCAGAAAGCCACCCCAUGGCACUGAGGACAGGAUGAAGCCCACCACCCCCAAAGCCACACCAGGCCCCAGCUCCCAGGGUAGUGGGGGCUCACGCACCAGUGUCAAGAUGGGUGGAGGCAGCCAGCCCCAGCCAGCCAGCGGGCAGCUGCAGAGUGAAAUGGCCACCACCCUGGCCAAGCCCAGCUGCCCCAGACGGAGCCCUGCAGCAGACAAGCCCCCCCCUCAAGCCCAGGCCAGGGUCUGCACCAAGGAGUUCCAAGGGAGCCCAGGUCCCAGGGAAAAGGGACAGACCAGUGAGAAGAGGAGAAGGGGCCAGGCCUUGGGCCCAGCCAGGAGUGAGGUUGUGGGGAGCUUGGGGAAUGCCCCCUUGGCCCCUGAGAAACCCCCCCGGACCCCUCGGAAGCAGGCGACCCCCAGCCGCCUGCUACCUGCCAAGCCCAGACCCAGCAGCUACAGCAGCAAGACCAGGCUGCAGCCCUCAGAGCAGCGGAAGGGGGAGACCAACCACACACACAGGAAGGAGGGGCUGGGCAAGGCCUUCCCCUUGGCGAGACCCCUGCUCAGGCCCCCUAAGAGGGGCAGCGCUGUCCGUGGUGCUGAGCCUGCCGACCCCCGCGACUACCGGACCGCCGAGUCCCAGAGUGACGUCCUCAGCCAGCUCUUCGGGCAGAGACUAACUAGCUUCAAGAUCCCUUUGAAGAAAGACGCUGCUGAGUAAUUUAUACAAGCAAGUGCCUGUGAGCGGAGCCAGUUCAAAUCCAGCCAGUGGGGGCUCCCGUUCUCUGAGAUGGCUCACUGUGUGGCCAUCCACCUGCUUUAGUUCCCCUGACUUAUCAUGCACGUGCUCAGACUUUGGUGUCAGAGCCGAGACUGUGGCACUCUGAGCAGGGCCUGGGGUGGACAGUACUCUCUUUCUUGCUGGAAAACUGCACAUGAGGGUCAGGCCAGCUGCAGCCCCUCUGAGACCACCCAGCUGUUUUCUCAGUACCAAGUACUUGAAGAGAGAACAGCUCACCCCUGCCCCAGCCCCGUGUGCCCUGUUGGCAUGGUGCCAUACACUGCAGAGCCCAACAACUGAAGAUUUGCACAGACCCCCCCCUCCCAUCUAGCAGGGAAGUAAGUUGAGGCAGCCGAUCAGACGGCGACAGUUUCCCUCCUUAGUCUUGUUGCUGCUGUUGCUGGAAUUCCAAAGUGACCUUAGAAAUCACGGGGGUAGGGCAGGGCUCUCCACUCAGAAGAGCCAUUUCUGAGCCGCCUGGUCCCAAGAGCACAAUGGGCCUUCUCCCUCUGACCACAGGGUCGUGCCCACGCUGUCCACGCUGCCCGUGGACAUGCCCAUCUCUAGCACACCUUGACCCCCCGGGACCAGGUUCCCAUAUGGAACAUGGAGAAAACUGCUCAUCUGCCGGCCCUCACCCGCUCUCCCUCCCCAGAACCCCAGCCCCACCCCCCCAGCCUCUACGAUCACCACCCCGGGGCCUUCCUCCCAGCUCCAAGUAUCAGCAAUUUUACUCUGAAGUUUCUGGUGCUAUCUCCACAUUGUAAUGUGAAUGCAAGCUUCCUUGAUUUUUUUUUUUUAACGGGGGCAUUGGAUGAGGAGACGGUGUCAGGCUUGCUGCAUCAAGGUCACAGGAUCCAGCAUCGAAGGGAGCCUCUCACCAGCCUCCCCUGCCAGCUCCAGCCUGAGGUCCAGACAGGGACACUCCGGGCCGGGGCCAGUGCUCAAGUUUGCAGACUCACGUCUCGCAGAGAGACAGGAGGGUGGGCGAGGUUUCGUUCUCUCCAUAGGUAUUGCAAGAGUCAUAGUUCAUUUUGUUCCGUUUUAUAGUUUUUACCUUGGGUGCAAUGUGUAUGUUUAAAGUUUUUAUUUUGCUGUUUCCAAAGAGACCAAAUCGGGCCCAAAUCGCCUGUCUAGAAGGCGCUGUGGGCCAUUCGGAAUGCCUCUGCCGUGUGCACAGUAUAUCGCAGGGACCCUGAGGCUGUACUGUAAAAGUCAUAGCUAACUCAUCUUUCCAAAUAUAUUCCCACUAUUUUCGCAGAAAA